AUGACUGAAAUGAUAAAUACAAAUGACUAUCUUAAUAAAAGUUUAUUAACUCCAAAAAUUACAACCACUUCACCAUCUUUAAAUUCAUUUUCAUUAGCAACACCUACUUCUAAUUUUAAAAAUAAACCAAGACCAAUGAGUUUAUAUACAACUCCUCCAUUAGAUUUUAAUUCAUCUGAUAAUGAUGAAAUUGAUUAUGAAGAAGAAGAUGAACUUAAGGCAAAGAAUUAUACCAUUGAUGAUCAUAAAUCUAUUCAAAUUUCAAAUAUUUCUUUUACUCCUCCAAGUUCAAUAAAUUCAAUUAAAGAUGAUCAAUUACAAGAAAUUAAACAAAAUACUAAUAAAGGAUCAAUAUUCUUUACACCAGAAAAAUCUAAUAAGAAUAAAUCAUCAUCCAACAAGAAUUACCUACAACCACCUCCUAAAAUUGAAAGUUUAUCAUCGUCAUCAACACCGAUUGCUUCAAAGGGUUCAUUUUCACCAUCAAAAUUAUUUAAAAAAUUUUCAUUAAAAUUAAAGAAUUAUUCAAAUAAUAAUAUAAAUUCAGAAUCAAAAAGUAAUACCCCAAUUUCUUCACCAAAUUUAAAAUCAAAGUCUAAAAAUUCAAGUCCUUUUAUAACUCAAGAACCCAAAAACUCAAAAUCUGCAAAUACUCAGACUCAAACUUCUUCAAAACAAAAUUCAUCAUCAACGAUUUUUUCAACUCCAAAAUUAUCUUCACCUUCUUUAAGAUAUAGUAAAAGUUUGAAGAGAUUCAGUAGGCAUGAAGGGAAAGAAGAAAAAGAUAAAUCCGAGGAUAAAUCUCAAGUUAAAAAGAAUGAAAAUUUACGUCAUUCAUCAUAUUUUCCAAAUGAUAAAGAAUUACUAAAAACUCCAACAAAAUCGAAUCAACCAAAUUUCUCAUCUUCACCAGCCAAAGCUUCAAAACUAAAUUUAGAUUUAGAGCAACCUAAAAUUCAAACAAACAUAAACUCGAAUUCAUAUAUAAACUCAUUAGGUAGGAGUUCAAGUAUUUCAUCUACACCAAGAACUCCCAAUACAUCAAAAUCUACACACACGUUUGAAAAAUUUUCAAAUUCAUCAAAUUCUUCACCAAAAUUUUCAAAAAAUAAUUCAAAAUUUCCAUCACAUUCUGAAUUUUAUAAUACAUCAACUAAAGAUGAAAAAUUUAAUAAUACAGUAAUUUCAUUUAGUGGAUAUUCAAUAAAAGAUUCAGAAACAAAUAAUAACAACAAUAAUAAUAAAUCAAAUGCAUCAGAAUCACCAACUUCAAUGAGUUAUGAUGAUACUACUCUAAAUUCAUUUGAAUCUUAUUUACCUAAUCAAAUUUCAAGAAAUAAAUCACAACAUAAACAUCAUCAUCAAGUACAAGAACCACAACAUCAACAUCAUCAUCAACAACAGAAUUAUAAACCAGAAUCUAGAAGAUCAAGUAUACAUAAAUCAAAAAGAAAUUCAUACAUAGAAAACAAUAAAAAUAAUUCAAUAUUAAAAUUAAAAAUUUUAUUAGAUGAUCAAUCAAUACAAUCAGAUCAAAAACAACAACAAAUAAAUCAAUUAAAUUAUAUACUGAUAAAAUUAAAUAAAAAUAAAUUAAAAAAUAUAAAUGAAUUAAUAAAUAUAAUAAUUUUUAAAAUUAUGAAUUUUAAUAAAAUUUUAAAUUUAAAUAAUUUAAAAUUAAGUAUCGUGUUUAUGAAUAAAGAUGAUAAUAAAAAAUUAAAUCCAAUAAUUUUAAAAAAUUCAGUAGUUGAUUAUCAACAACAGCAAAAUAAUAAAUCUAGUGAAAUAUUUUUUAAUAAUGAUGAUCUUUUAUUAGAUUAUGUCUUAUUGAAAAGUAAAUUAUAUAUUAGAGCUCAAUUUUGA